GUCAGAAAGGACAUCCAGUCGCCGCUGCACUGCACUGCCAUGACGAGCGACGAGCCGGGUUUGCCGCGAGCCAAGGUGAUGGUGCAACAGUUGGGGCCGCACCUCGACACCCUCACGCCACCGCCCAAGCUCCCGGCCUUGCUUGGUCUCACGUACAUUCUCGGUUCGAUUGGUCUUGGUGCCUACUACCUCUGGCUUCUCGACCCGUCGUUCGCCAACGACUUGUGGUGGGCGUCGUAUAAUCUCAGCGGCCAUCAAGCGCUGUUGAUUGACAUUGCGAACGCGGCGCUCGUGACCCGUGGCAGCGGCGUCCUCGACCUUCUCGCAGCGUCCAUGCCCAAGACGUACAACGUCACGCCGUCGUUCACGCGCGUCCACCCGACGUAUGCGCGGCGGCUCGUGCUCUCGGAGCGCACGUCGAUUGAAGAGGCGGUUGCGGGGCUCCGGACGCUCAGUGCGUCGUGGAGCAUGCGCUUGAGCACGCAGCUGUGCUUUGUCGACUUUGCGCGGCGCUUCCACGUCGCCCACACGAGCGCGCGCCAAGCGCGGUGCGUGGCCCAGUACGCAGCGAACGGCGCUGUCUACUACGAGUCGAUCUUACGCAACCUCGAGUGGCACUUGUUUCAAACUGCGUGGGGCAACUACUUUGCGAUUGCGAUCCAGUCGGGCUUGACCGAGUCACCGGCCGGGCAGCAGUGGCUCCAGACGACAUCGACGGCGUUCAACACGACUACCCUCUCGGAUGAAAUUGCAUAUUGGAAAGCCAGUGGCCUCACACGGUUUGAGUUGCAGUGGCAAAACCGGUGGACCACGGGUGUCUCGGAGUCUAUGACGAUCGAGAAUGCGCUCGGGUGGCAGCAAGCAUACUCGGUGAAAAGCGUCGCCCGCGCCACCGGACCGUGGACGACACUCGUCAUGAACUGGCUGCCGUACAACGACCUCUGGGUGCUCGCAACGCUCAAUCGCAGUGCGAUCGCGGGUACGUCCAACUACUUUAACGCGAAUCUCUCGUCGAGUUUGCGCGCGAUCGACUUGCAAGCGUGGUCUGGGUUCCUCGCGCCCACGGGUCCAUGCGACGUCCUGCGGUUUGAGAUUGGCCCCAUGCCGAGUAUCGACACGUACUACAUUGCGCCGCCACCGUCCCUAAUUCAACUGUAUUUGGGCUUUCACGCAGCGCUGCAAGACGAAAUGACGUCGUCCUUGGCUCAUUCGAUCGAAGCGCUUCCGAGUGUCGUGCUGCACCCGGUGCCGCCAACAUGGGUCGCCCCCGGGCGCGUCUUUCACGGCGGCAACCCCACCUGCUACACGGGCGCCGGCAAGACUUUUGUGCAAGAGUCGUUCGAGUUUCAUGACGCGUGCUCGCAGAGCGUGCCGUUAGCCAUGACGUCCGAGGCGCUACCGAUGCUGUUUGCGGCGUAUGCGUCCCAACUCGCAUCGGUGGCCGCACCCUGCGCGUUGCAGUCGUCGCCGCAGUGUGCGACGGCGCUCGGCGCCGCCAUCGCGAUCGUACAGUCGCUGCCCAAAGCCGAAAGCGUAGCGACGGUCGCCGCCGACGUCACCGCGACCGGUGUCGGCUACAUGCAAUUUGCAUCCGAUGCCGGUGUCUUCAAGCUGCUUCGGUAUGGCCUCCUCGACCAAGGCGGGAGCGCUGGCUGGCCGUUCUUUGGGUGGCGCGCACUCUACGACUGGGUCGAAGGGUCACGCGAGGUUGUGUCGUUCCAAGGCGACACGUCGACCGUCGUGCUCGUCUCGGCGGCGUACAGUGGCGACCUCUACUCGACCAGUGGCGGUAGCCAAAACGUCCAGCACGCGACCGAAGGCAUUUGGUACGUCGUCGUUUACACGUCGUUGAUGCUUCUGGUCGUCGCAGCGCUCUGCUGGUGGCGUGCGUUUGGAAUUCAGCUCCAUGUCCGCAGUAUGAACUUGUAUCGGUUCAACCGCGUGGUCGGCGCGGUUUGGAUCGGCCGGCCAUUGCUUUUGGUGCGCGGCGGCACGGCCUUGCUGCUGCUGAGCACCGCGCCGACCGACAUUGUGCUCGAGCACGGCUACACGUCGUUUGUGUCGUCGCCGCGGUCGUUUCUUGUCGCGGCCAUUCUGGCAGGGGAAGCGACGUGGGUCACCUAUGUCCUCAACGACGUGUUUCUGUUGAUCGCAAGCAAACUCGCGGCGGUCUACGCGCCCAUGAGCUGCGCGUUCGUGUGGCUCAUUUAUGUCGUCCUCGAGCUCGCGCUGCCUCUGCGCAUGACGGGCACGCUCUCCCGCUCGUGUCAAGCGACCAACGUCGACUUUGCGUUGAGCUGCGAAAGCGGCGCCGUCCGCAUUGGCUCCUUGGACCGCCUUCUCGUGUUAUUGGGGAUUCAACUCGGUGCGGUCGUCGUCGCCAUGGCCAUGUCGAUCGUCAACUACAUUCGCACCAACGGAUGGCAGAGCGAGACAAAGAUUGCGCCGGCGUUUCUCUCGCAAGCGCCGCUCGAGCUCUCGGGUGCCGCCGACAGCUUUCUCGUGUCGCGCACAACGUCGGAUGCCAUGUGGUGCCUCGACAAGGUCACGGCUAUCAUGUGCGGCCUGUACGGGUACGCGCGGCUCGGGCGCGAAAAGACGUUUGAUCUGAAACUGUGGGUCAUCUUGGACGAUCUGAAUCCGGCGUCGACCGAGAAACUGUUUCGUGCGCCGCAGUUGUCGCUCGCACCCCCCGCCUUGUACACGUCGCCCCUCACGGAGCUCGACACGUCCAUGACGCAAACCAAGCCCGUCACCGACUCGGCGCUCGUUGCGAAAUCGUCGACACUCGAGCGCGACAACCUCUUCUCGUUUUUGCAACGGGCGCUCAACGAGCGCGUCGUCGCUGUCGUCGGCGUCCUCUUUGUCGUCGCGUCCAUGGCCGGGUCUGUCUCGUACAUUAGCGUCGCCCAGGUCAACUUGGCCAACGACCUUGGCUGGGCGAGCUUCAAUAUGACCGGCGCCCACGCGUUUCUCGCCAACUGGUUCAACGAGCAGCUCGUGCUCGGUGCAAACAGCGUCGCCUCGAGCUUUCGUCUCGACAGCGGCGGCGUCGCGGCCACAACGUUCUACGGCCUCUCGACGGCCGCGGUCGUCUCGCCCGCCAACUUUGGCGCUCGGCUGCAGUACACGGAGCUCCAAACCGAAAUCGCAGCCACGAUUGCGGCGCUCCGCAGCAACGACGGCUGCGACGCCCCGUGGAUCUUUACGCAGUACUGCUUUGUGGACUUUGAGAAAACGUGGUCGAUGGCGACCUCGGUGGCGCGCCAGCAGCGGUGUACUUCCAUGACCAAGAAUGGCGCCGUGUACUUGGAGUCGAUCUUGCGCAACGUCGAGUGGACGUCGUUUCGCGACUGCUGGGGCGACGCAUUCGACCUCGCAAUCGGCGACGCACUGCUGACGACCAAGGAAGGGCAGUCGUGGCUGGCGACAACAGCGUCGCGGCCCCAGGGCAGUGUCGCCGACGAAGCGUUCUACUGGGCCAAGCACGGCAUCACAUCGUACACUACCCAGUGGCAAAACUACAAGAAAAUCGGACUCAUCAACAGCUACGAGAUCACCAAUGCACUCGGCGUCUCGUACCCGUUCACCCUGCAGUACCUCAACGGCUCGAUGCAAGUGGACUUCCAGUCGACGUUCAAAAUGUACUGGUCGCUCGCGAUCGACUGGACGCUCGUGCAGCACAAUACGUCGCUCCUCGCGGGGAAGAGCUGGGUCGUUGGCAGCAGCUUGUAUGCGUUUGCAAAUCACUCGAUGCAAGAUGCGCUCGCUGAGAACGGGACGAUUACCCUACCCCUCAACAAUGUUUUUACGGCAGCGACGACGACAUUAGGGCCGUUUGGGUCCGUCGACAUGAUGUACAUUGCGCCGCCUGCGACGGUGCUCGACGAUGUGCGCGUGCUCUUGAGCGCGAUCCGCGGGGCGCUCGCAGCCUCGGCAACAGCGCAGAGCGACUUCAACACGAUUCUGCCGAUCGACGCGGUGCGCCCCGUCCCACAAGCGUGGGCCGCCUUGAAUCUCCAGUCGUUUGGCGGCUCAAUUCUGUGUCCGCAGACAGGCGACAGCGGCGACCAGCGCAUCGUUGCGGGGCUCAUUAACCUCUUCUCGUACAGCAUUGCGUGCUCGUCGAAUGGCAUUUACACCCAAGUGCAGCCCAGCCGCGAGUUCAUCGUGCUCUCGACUCUGCUCGCCAACGUCGAUAGCAGCGCCGACAUGCCCGCCAUCUGCGCGCAAGACUUAGGGCACAACGCGCACUGCGAAAAGUACCUUGCGUCGAGCGUGGCGUUUGUGUCGACGCACGUGACGUCACUGGACAUGAACGCGAUCAGUCGCCGCUCGAUCCAGCAGAUCCAAGCCCUCAACAUCGAGCUCAUGCAGUACGUCGGCGACAACAAGUCGGCGUCGAUGCGCGUGCUCCACCGCAACAUUCUCGACGCCAACGACCCGAAUUUCUACUUUUUUGGCUGGUGGUACCUCUGUGAUUGGCUCUUUGGUACGCGCGAAGUCGUUUCGUUUCAAGGGGAUGGGCAGACGCUCAAUUUGCUCUCGGAAUACCUCGCGCCGUUUAGCCAGGACGUGGUCUCGUGGCAGUUCCCGACGACUUUGGCCAACUAUGCGCGGUCGGGCGCGCUGUACGUGACGGUCGUUAUGAUUACGAUCUCGUCGCUCGUCUUUGUCUACUUUGUACUUAGCCGGGGCCGCAUCGAAGGCUACAACAUGAUGGAAUUGAGUCGCGUCGGGGCCAUUGUCUGGGUCGGCCGCCCCUUGCUGCUCGUGCGCGGCUUGACAGCGAUCGCAGUGCUGUCGACGGCAACGCUCGAGCUGCAGCGCUCCGGGUCGCUCUCAUACUUUCUCAGUCCGACCUUGAGCUGGGUCAAGACGCUCCUCGCGGCCGCCGAGGUCACGUGGCUCGUCGCCGUCGUCAACGACAUUGGGUUAAUUGCGACCCACGGGUUUGCAUUUUACUAUGCGACGCCCAAUAGCAUUCUGGCGUGGACGACGGUCUUCAUCUUGACGCGCGUGGCGCCCGUGACGCACGCCGCGUCGAUGGCGAAAGUUUGUGCCAUUGUGCGCGUCGACUACCAAGUGGUCUGCAGUAGCGCGACCAUUGUCAUUGGCGACCUCGUGCGUCUCGUCGCGUUGAUUGGUAUUGUCUUGUGUGCCAACAUUACGAGCUACGCGAUCAUUCGCCGCGUCUGCAACGCGCCGAAGCCCACGCAAGACUCGCUCUUCCUCUCGGCCGGGGCCAAGUUCUUAUUUACCGACGACCACUGGGUCCACGACGGCGUCUACUACCUCGAUCGCGCGUCUGCGGCGCUCAACGGCAUCCUCACAUUCCGACGUGGCCGCGUGAUCUACGCGCUGGACAUCAAGGUCUGGCGGAUCUUUGCGAUCGCUCUUCCCGAGAAGCGCACCGAGCCGACCGACCGCCGCCUCGCGCUGGCAGCGCAGUACGCCCUACCCCUCACCGACUAGGGCUACAAGCACUGUGCGUUUACUGUAUAUUGUAUAUUGUAUAUUGUAGAUAACAAGUAUGUAGAUCAAUGACGAAUAAAACCUAGCAUAUGCAAAACAUCCGAA